AAAAGUUUCUGUAUUUAGAAAACACUUGAGAUGUUGUGUCUAAAUUUGGAAUAUAUUUUAAAUGUGACUUCUAAAGGCAGAUAUGGUUCUAUAUAAAGAAUAUUUUAGCCAUCUUAUCAUCGACUACAGUGAUAAAUAUUUCAAAUUAGAAAAACACGGCCCUUCAAAUUCCAAAUCUAGGUCCACUGAUAUACUUUGUAUUGGUUAACUCCGCCUCUUAGGCAUGCGCAUUACGUGGGAAAAACAAUCCAAUUUUAUGAAUAAAAAUGAUACUAUGUGUUAGGUGGUUUAAAUCGCAUGAGUACUUUCUGAAGGUAACAUAUUCAAAGCAAUAUAUAUAUAUACUAGACGGAUAUUUCUUACUGUUUAUGACAACAUGAUACUUUUCAUUUUAACUGGAGUAACCCUCGCUCUGGCGCUCUACAAAUAUUUUGUCUAUCACUUUCAAACGUUUGAAAGGCUCGGAAUCCCAGGUCCAAAACCGACUCUUUUCCUCGGCAAUCUACCAGAAAUUCUGAAAAAGGGACAGUUGCAGGCCAUCAUUGAUUGGAGAAAGGAAUAUGGGCGAGUUUUUGGAUACUUUGAAGGCUAUACCCCGGUUCUUUCUGUCAGUGACCCAGAGCUGCUUAAGGAAGUUUUGGUAAAAGACUUCGAGAACUUCCAAUCAAGAAAGCCCUUCCCCUUGGCUCCAAGAAAAAGCUUAGGAUUGUUCUUAGAGAAUGGACACCAGUGGAAGCGCAGCAGGACAUUGUUGACGCCUGCCUUCAGUGCUGGCAAACUGAAACAAAUGUUCGGAAUCAUGAAUGAAUGUACCGACCACUUCCUGGAGAACAUGGAGAAAAAAACAAAGACUUCCAAAAUGUUGGACAUCUAUGACCUCUACCAAUGUCUGACUUUGGAUGUUAUCGGUCGAUGUGCUUUUGGGUUACGCACAAAUGCCCAGGUAGAUGAGGAAGAUCCUUUCUUGACCAAUGUGAGAAGUCUCUUCAACCGUCUCAGCAAAACCAUGAUUCUUCCAGCAGUCAUGCUGAUUCCUUUCCUCCAGUACUUUGUUUUUGCACUUAAAAACAUCGUGGUCCUAUUUGGGAUGAACCCAGUGGUGUGGAUUAGGAUGAAAAUGAAGGAGAUUAUCGAAAUUAGGAAGGAAAUGGGGGCAAAUGCUAGUACCUUUGAUUUGGUUCAGCAAAUGCUCUUCUCGAAAGUCAAGGAUGGGAGUAGUGCGUUCAGUGAGAGGGAGAUCGUGGCACAGAGUAUGACCUUCCUUUUGGCGGGAUACGAAACCACCAGUACAGUUCUAGCAUUCCUGAGUCACGUGCUGGCGCACAACCCAUGCAGUCAAAAGAAGUUGGCGGAAGAAAUUGACUCCAUUAUUGGAGAGAAUGAAGUCAAUUACGAAAACGUGAAAGAACUACCUUAUUUCGACAUGGUAUUUGACGAAGUUUGCAGACUCUACCCAACAGCAUCAUUAAUUGUGACCAGACAAGCCAAAGAAACAGCUACUUAUAAUGGAAUCACUAUUCCUGCUGGAAUGAAUGUACAGGCUGAUGUUUGGGGUCUCCAUCAUGACAAGGAAUUCUGGGAUCAACCCUCUGUUUUCAACCCUGAGAGGUUCAGAAAAGGAAACAAGCAACAUAUCAAACCCUACUCCUUUUUGCCAUUUGGUGCUGGUCCAAGAAGCUGUAUCGGUUCACGAUUCGCCAUGUUAGAAACUAAGAUCGCCAUGGUCCGAAUUCUGAAGCAGUUCUCAUUCAAACCUUGUGAUGCAUCUAAAGAAAUAGAACUGGAGUGUCGUGGUGCCAUUGUUCCUAAGAAUGGCAUUAAUGUACAGGUCGAAAGCAGAAAGUGGUCGGGCAAACUAUCUCGCUACAGUUGAAGGAAAAUGAACAAAAAUGAAUUACAUAUGCAGAGAGACCCCUAUCUCUGUGAGUGCGGAAUUUUUCGUAAUAAUGGACACUGCGUCAGUUAUCCGAAAACUCAAAAACGGUGGAUACAAGAGAGGAGUUUUUAUUAGAAGUCAUCAUAUCACCGCCGUUUGAUUCAGGGACGUUUGUGCCUCAGUGGGUGAGAAGUUGAACUGUAAUAUAACAAAGAUUACCAACUUUACUAUAUAUUCACAGAACGUGCAUUUACCUUCCUGUGAAUAUAUUAUUCAAUGUGAAAGACAAGAAAGGAUACACAUAAUGCGGUUUCCUGUAUUUUGCUCUC